AUGGCGGAGGAGGCGCCCAGCACAGAGAGCUUGGGGACUGUGAUAGGCAUUGAUCUUGGCACCACGUACUCCUGCGUGGGUGUCUACAAGAACGGGCGGGUUGAGAUCAUCGCCAACGACCAGGGUAACCGCAUCACACCCUCGUACGUGGCUUUCACGGACUCCGAGCGCUUGAUAGGAGAUGCCGCGAAGAACCAGGCCACCACCAACCCCGACAGAACGGUCUACGAUGUCAAGCGCCUCAUCGGUCGCAAGUUCAAGGACAAGGAGGUGCAGCGAGAUGCCAAGAUGGUGUCGUACAAGGUGGUGGACAAGGCCGCCAAGCCCUACGUGGAGGUCACCAUCAGCGAUGAGAAGAAGACCUUCUCGCCAGAGGAGAUCAGCGCCAUGAUCCUGACAAAGAUGAAGGACACGGCCGAGGCGUACCUGGGCAAGACCAUCAAGAAUGCGGUGGUCACUGUCCCUGCCUACUUCAACGACGCCCAGCGUCAGGCCACCAAGGACGCCGGUGUGAUUGCUGGCCUGAACGUUGUGCGCAUCAUCAACGAGCCCACGGCGGCGGCAAUCGCGUACGGCCUGGACAAGAAGGGCGCCGAGCAGAACAUCCUCGUCUUUGACUUGGGCGGCGGCACCUUCGAUGUCUCCAUCCUCACCAUCGACAACGGUGUCUUCGAGGUGAUUUCCACCAGCGGCGACACGCACUUGGGCGGAGAGGACUUUGACCACCGCGUGAUGGACUACUUCAUCAAGCUGAUCAAGAAGAAGUACAAGGUGGACAUCAGCAAGGAUAACCGUGCCCUCCAGAAGCUGCGCCGCGAGGCCGAGCGCGCCAAGCGCGCCCUCUCAUCCCAGCAUCAGGUGCGUGUGGAGAUUGAGUCGCUGGCGGACGGGGUGGACCUGAGCGAGCCGCUGACGCGCGCGCGUUUCGAGGAGCUCAACAGCGACCUCUUCAAGAAGACGCUGGGCCCCGUCAAGAAGGCCAUGGAGGACGCCGACCUCAAAAAGGAGGAGAUCAAUGAGAUCGUGCUGGUGGGCGGCUCCACGCGCAUCCCCAAGGUGCAGCAGUUGAUCAAGGACUACUUCAAUGGCAAGGAGCCCAACAAGGGUGUCAACCCCGAUGAGGCCGUCGCCUACGGCGCAGCCGUCCAGGGUGGCAUCCUCUCCGGCGAGGGCGGUGAUGAGGUGAAGGACAUCCUGCUGCUGGAUGUGUGCCCGCUGUCCAUGGGCAUUGAGACGGUGGGGGGCGUCAUGACCAAGCUCAUCCCGCGCAACACCGUCAUCCCCACCAAGAAGUCCCAGACCUUCACCACCUACCAGGACCAGCAGUCCACCGUCUCCAUCCAGGUGUUUGAGGGUGAGCGGACGAUGACAAAGGACAACCAUAAGCUGGGCCAGUUUGACUUGACCGGCAUCCCUCCCGCGCCACGCGGCGUGCCGCAGAUUGAGGUCACCUUUGAGAUCGACGCCAAUGGCAUCCUCAACGUCGGCGCUGAGGACAAGGGAACCGGCAAGCGGGAGAAGAUUACGAUAACGAACGACAAGGGGCGGCUGAGCCAGGAGGACAUCGAGCGGAUGGUGCAGGAGGCGGAGGAGUUUGCCGAGCAGGACAAGGCCGUCAAGGCCAAGGUGGACGCGCGUAACGCUCUCGAGACCUACUGCUACAACAUGAAGCAGACGAUCGAGGACAAGCUUGGGGACAAGCUCGAAGAGGACGACAAGGAGAAGGUGAAGGCGGCGGUGGACGAGGCGCUGGAGUGGAUGGACGACAAUCAGGACGCGGAGGAGGAGGAGUACAAGGACAAGCUGAAGGAGGUCGAGGAUGUGUGCAACCCCGUCGUCUCCGCCGCCUACGCUGCCUCCGGCGGCGGCGCUCCCGGUGGCGACGACGACGAUGACCUCGGCGACCACGACGAGCUCUGAGCUGCUGACAUGGCGCUGACUUGGCAAUGACGUGGCAGCACUGAGCCUGAUCUGGCAACAGCGCAUGCGGUCGGUCAGUCCGUGGCCUUGCGCUGCCAUGGCAGCCUGCAGUCUGAUCUGGCAACAGCGCUUGAGCUUACUCGGCGGCCUGGCGCUGAUUUGGCGGCCGGCAGGCUCAUCUGGCAGUAGCGCAUGCUGGUGGACCGCUGCCGGCGCAUGCUUUGGAGAAUGCGGGUGUGUCUGGUACAGCAGUGGCCUGAGACAGUUCCUGUGUGGGGCGAAUGCCCCAACCGGUAUUAGCGUCUGGAGGGCAGGGAUUUACUUGUCUGACCUUUUGUUUGCAAGGAGGGCUGGACUCGGCUGACAUGUCUGGGCUAGGGUGAAUGUGUGAGGCGGUUGCCUCUGUCAUUGCAGGGGUCCAGGUUUGUCUCAAAGCAAGGAAAGCGUUGGUUUUGGUGCACAGACGUUUCUGUGACGCAUCAGCUGGUUUUAGCUGGUGAUUCAAGCAUAAUGUGGUGUUGAGAGGAGUGUGUAGUGUCUCAUGAUUUAGGAGACGGCCUGUCUCAAUUGAUCCUGUAAUUCUAUUCUUCGCGAC